AGUAGAUUAUAUUUUCUCCCAUCUUCCCCAUUUCCUCUUCUGGUUUAUUUAGAGCUGGUCAAAAGUCAGAAUUUCCGUUCUGCAGGAAAUUCUAACAUUUUGACUAUCUUUUCGUUCCAUUGUUGGAAAUAAAUUUACUAUAAAAAAAUUUUCAAAGAAACAAAAUAAGUCAACCUCUACCCAAAUGUUUUGUUUCAAAUACAAUUUGUCAUUUGAUUUUUAUUAUUUACAUUUAGAUGUAAUUAUUUUAAAUAAUUACACCAAUAUAAUAGGAUUGACAUGCAAAAGUUAUUGGAAAUUGUCCGUCUAACUGGUUUAGUAAUGAGUAUUUGCUUUGCUCUCUGCCAAUAAUCAGUGGGCACUUGAUCUUGUUGAAAGGGCUUAUUGUAGUCAAGAGAGGAAAACUUAGGCCUCAGCCUCCAUUCUGAGUCAAAGCCUUGGUGCUCAGUCUUAUUGUUGUAUAUCGUAUGACCUCAUAUAAGACCUUCUGUGGGGCAGUAAAUAGGUUUGAAAGACUCAGUAGCUUGCUUCAUUUGGUCCUUGGAGCUUGGUAAGAUUUUUUUUUGAGGCCACACAGCCAAAAAAAUGGUCUGACAGUCAAAUCUAACUAGUUGGCAAUUCACUAAAAUGAUUCCUUGUCUUUUCCAUAUAUAACUUGGAAGCAGCUGCUGCUGGGAAGUUAUUUAUAUGUGUCUGGUUCCAGUUUUUGUGACCACCACAGUGUGGCAUAUGAGUCUUUUUCUUUCCAUGGUAGGAUAAACGAUUAACCAGUAACUCUUUUUUUGUGCUGUUUUUAUAGCUUUUUAAUUGGAUCUCUAUUUAAGCAGGGAAGUAAUAGUCAGUACCUUAUAUUUGGCAAAUUAAAUAGCAUAGGAUCUAAAGUCUGCCUGUAAACCUACCUAUAUGUCUCUGGGGGUAACUGCUUUGAUGAUAAUGACUGGUGCUUCUAGGGUCCAUGGUUCUGUGCCGUUUCUAGAAGAAUGACUCAAAAAAAAAUUCCUUGUUGGGGACCAGGAACUGAAGGUAAGAUUUAAAAUGCAGUGUGAUUUCUAGAGUUCUAAUAUGAGCUUUUGUUUGCUUAUUUGUAAGAUUGGAAUUAUAGGUGGAACUGGUCUGGAUGAUCCUGACCUCUUAGAAGGAAGAACAGAAAAAUACAUUGAGACUCCGUAUGGCAAGCCAUCAGAUGCUUUGAUAUUGGGGAAGAUAAAAAAUGUUGACUGUGUGCUUCUGGCAAGGCAUGGAAGACAUCAUACCAUCAUGCCAUCAAAUGUUAACUUCCGUGCCAACAUCUGGGCACUGAAGGAAGAGGCUUGCACUCACCUUAUUGUUACUACUGCCUGUGGUUCAUUAAGAGAGGAAAUACAGCCUGGUGAUAUUAUAAUAAUUGAUCAGUUCAUUGACAGGACAACCAAAAGACAUCAAACUUUUUAUGAUGGGCAGUAUUGUGGUCUUUCAGGAGUAUGUCAUAUUCCAAUGAAUGAACCAUUCUGUACCAAAACCAGAGAGGUUCUUAUAGAGAUUGCUAAGAAGAUUGGCCUCAAAUGCCACUCAAAGGGGACAGUGAUUACUGUUGAAGGCCCACGUUUCAGUUCUCGGGCAGAAAGCAUAAUGUUUCGCAGCUGGGGAGCUGAUGUUAUUAACAUGACUACGGUUCCUGAAGUGACUCUUGCAAAAGAAGCUGGGAUCUGCUAUGCAAGCAUUGCUAUGGCAACAGAUUAUGACUGCUGGAAGGAGCAUGAAGAAGCAGUUUCUGUAGAUAAGGUUCUAAAGAUGCUGAAAGAGAAUGCAAAUAAGGCAACCAGCAUACUGCUUACUGCUAUACCUCAAAUAGGUGCCAUGGAUUGGACAGGAACUCUGCACAAUCUGAAAGGUACUGUGCAGUGCUCAGUCAUGUUACCAAAGCAUUGAAAGCCUGGCUAGGCUCCCACGUUUGGAUGCUUGCAAGUAGAAGAUCCAUUCUCCAACUGAUUAGUAAAAUGAAGAUUUUUAAAAAGCUAAAACUAGAGUUGUUAGUUGCUUGGCUAUCUUCUCCCCUCUCCCCCCCCACUAAGAGAAGAAUAUUUUUUUAAUUCAGAAAUGUCUUGAAGGAAUACAGGUUGCUUUCAGUAAAAUUAUUGUAUUGUUUUUAUAUUAACGUGUUAACUUUUCUAUAUUUUCUUUAUAUUUUACCAUUGUAUGAAUUUUGUUCAUUCUAAGCCCAGUACGAUAAACUGUUUACACUUUCAUUAGUCUCACAGAAUUUUAUUUCAUUAUACCAUUAUUUGAAUAUCAAUUGUUCUUAUGAACAUGGUACAAUUUUUUUAUAUUCCUGUCAUAAAUACAGUACCGUAUAUUUUUAUAUAUUACCAUUGUUUAAAUGUUUAUUAGUCCAUCAUCAAUAUGGUACUAUAAGUAUACUUUACCCUUACAGUUUUGCCUUCUCAUUAAUAUGCUACUGUGAGUUACUUUUUUCAGUAUUCUCUGAUGAAAAUAUGCUUUCCAUAUAGCUGAAAAAACAUUUCCAAUUUUACAGCCAAAAUCUUGGACCUAUAAAUAAUUGUCCUAUUCUGCAGCAACUAAUCAUUCUAAAAAUAAGUGUUACUAUUUUAAACAUUUACCUGAUAGCAUGAGCAAAUUGUGAGACCAGUACCUGGAUUGCACUUGAUUGCUUAUAAAUAUUCAUGCCUGAACAUAACUCCUGCAAAAUUGAAAUCUUGGUUUGAAGCGCCUUUAAAAAAUUAGAUGCCUGAAAUGUUAGAAAAUUUCUCAAUUUUAGCCUCAGCUGCUUGAGUUCUGGAAAAAAUGAUUCACAUUUAGGAUUUAAUGCCAGAUACUUUAUGGUUACUGGAAAUACUCAUUUCUUUCUUUUUUCUUUGUGGAGGUGGAGCAGAGGGGGCUGAGGGCUAUCCUAGGCCCUGACUGGCUGACUAAAACUGAAGUUGUUGACUAAAACUGACUGAAUAAAACUGAAGUGACAAACAGGAACAUGUGUUGACUUGAUGCUACCACCAAAGUUUUGAACAUGUUUCUCUACUAUUUAUCUAAAAAAAAAAUCUGCUUUUUAAAGUUCCAUUCUGAUAUACAGCUCUUAAAGUGAUGCAUAAAUUCAUGAUGUUGCUUGACUAAUGUAUGUAUUCAUGUAGUUUUCAUCUUCUAGACCAGGGGUGGGCAAAAUAUGGCCUGCAGGCCAGAUCUAGGCUGUCAACAGAUUUGAUCUGGCCUGCAGGUGGAAAGCUGUCAACUUAUUAGAUCUGGCCUGUGGGUGGCUAGCAGCUCUGGCCACUGCAUGGUGCUGGGCAGGUGGGCAGGACUGCUUCCACCCAGCAGCAUCAGCCCUCAAUACAGCAACAUCAGCUGUGGGACCUAGCAGUACUUCCAUUGCAGUGGGUGGGUGGUGAUGUCAGAGCCCCAAUGCAGAACCUGCCAGUGGCACCCACAACUGAUGCCGCCACCCUCCCAGCACAGUGAAAGCUCCUGCCCAGUGCCCCCACCCAGAACCUGCUGUAGACCCAGACAGAAGCUGCUGCCACAUGGGGUGAGCAUCAGCAUCAGCUAUGACAUUGCCAGCAGGUUCUGUGUCAGGGCACUAGAACCUGCUGGGUGGGCCCACAGCUGAUGCCACUUCCCAUGUGCUGCUGCAGAAGUCCCCAUUUGGGUCCACAGCUGAGCUUCAGGGCUCCUGGCAAACUACAGUCCAGCUGGGUUCUGGAGGGAUGGAGGAAGAGGGAGAGAGAGAUGGGGAGAGAGAGGGAGCAAGAGACAGGAGAGGAGAGAGAGAGAGAGAUGGAUGUGGCCCUUGACAAAUCCCCAAAACUCAUUAAGUGGCCUUCCAGCUGAAAUAAUUGCCCACCCCUGUUCUAGACUCUAUGGAAUGUAAUUUGCUUACAAAAAGAAUCUGCUGCUUCUUGCCUAAUAAAUAAACCAAAUAUAAAU